AUGGGACUAGAGGGGUCCCGCGGAGGGGGCGCCGCGCGGCCCGCCCGGAGCAGACGAGAGGAGCGGGUGCUUGCGCGGCCGGAAGCGCUGAGUCACGUGGCGGCACCCGGAAGCGGCGGGCGGGCGGGCGGGCGGGCGGCGGGGCCGGAGGCGAUGAGCGACGGGGCUGAGACCGGGACCGGGGCCGAGCGGCGGGUCCGCAUCGUGGUGGAGUACUGCGAGCCCUGCGGCUUCGAGCCCACCUACCAGGAGCUGGCGAGCGCCGUGAGGGAGGAGUACCCUGACAUCGAGAUCGAGUCCAGGCUGGGGGGCACAGGUGCCUUUGAGAUUGAGAUCAACGGGCAGCUGGUUUUCUCCAAGCUGGAGAACGGAGGCUUUCCCUACGAGAAGGACCUGAUCGAAGCGAUUCGCCGAGCGAGGAAUGGGGAACCGCUGGAGAAAAUCACCAACAGCCGCCCCCCCUGCGUCAUCCUGUAGCCCCACGCCCAGCUGGGAUCCCCCCGGGGCCCCCCGCUUUGCUCCUCACUGCCUGCGUUAGCUCCCUGCACCACCGGGGACAGCAAGGGGAGGGGAGUGGGAGGGCACAAGGAGCCUCCCCAGGGAACACCACCGCGGCACUGGGGGCGAGAGCUGGGAUGGGCAGAGCUGUGGUACUGGUGUCACUGGGCCAGCCGUGCCGGGGGGGGGGGGCUCUUCUGGUCCAUCCCUUUGGGGUGCAGCUCCCCUGCCUGUCUUUGCCUUCCCCCUUCCUCCGCGCUUGCCUCCCAGCAGCGCAGGGGGGCUCUCCCCUCCCUCAGCCACUGCUGGGGAUUUGGGGUCCCCCGUGAAUGCUCUGCCCAGCCCUCAGUGGAGCCAGGAGGGGGCUUGGCAGCUCCCAGCAGGUUAAUGCAGAGCCAAAACCCCCUCACUGUAAAAACUCAAGCGUGAUUCGUUAAUGAUUAAAGUCUCUCCUGUCACUGUUUAAACCGGAGCGAGGGCAGCGGGGACCGGCUGCUCCGGCCGGACAUGGGAACCCCGGCUUGGCUCUGUCCCCACGGCCAAGAAGUUGAUUUAACGGCCGUCAACUUCCCCCACCUCCCCGUUCUCAGGCUCUCGGCUCUCGCGUUCUGCCUGUAAUGACUCUGCCCUUCGCCACGGGGCGGCUGAGCCGGCGGAGGGGGCCCCUAUUUAUUCUAUACUGUGUAUAAACCCAACGGCCCAGUGCUGAAUAAAGGACAGAGGAGAACGUG